AUCCACAACCAACAGACAUCUAAUCAUUUUCUGGCGCGCGCGCGCCCUUCGGGACAGACGACGAGACUUGGAAAGUGAAGGGGACCAAGAAGCGGCAGCAGGAGCAGGAAGUAGCAGUGGCAGCAAUGUCUGCACCGCCUCUCAAGGUUCCGCUUCGAUUCCAUCCCGCUCCAUCUGCGCCGUCUGCACCGUUUGCGUCUGCUACGUCAGGGUCCCCGGCGAUUGUCCCGCGUGAUUGGAGGACACGAUGGAGGAGCGAGACGCAUACAGCACUGUCCGGUGGGAAGGGGGUCAACGACGUUAAUGAGGGAGACAAAGACGAAGAUGAAGACGAGGAGACGCUCGGAUUUGAUGAUGAAAACGCAGACGGGUGGCUUUCGUGCGCAGCGGCCAGCUGCUCCACAGCGGCCUCGGCCAUCGACGUGGCCAUCGGGACGCGCGGUGGGAGCGUGUACGUGCUUCGGGGUCCCUCGGCUCCGACACUCGAGCCUGGCUUGGCGAAAGGGCAGACGACACCGCAAAGACGCCGUGCGAGCCACUCGUCACAGGUGUCGGUGAGCUCGCAGCAGGCCCAGCUGCUCGCCUCGCCUACCUCUCCGCACGCCGACACAGAGGGAGCAGGCACAUCGACGAGCAAGACGUCCGCUCUGGCCGAGCUUGUCGAGGAACACAAUCACAAUGGCCAGGGAGGCGUCGAGGAAAAGCUCGAGGCCCAGUGGCAUCACGGCAACCCUAACGCUGCGACAGUCGUGGGAAACGUCAUGGGCGCGCUGGGGAUACCACAACACCACAGCCACGGUCACGGCCACUCGCCGCCCCUUUCUCAUCUUGCCGCCUCGGCCAGCUCGUCUGUGCCUGGGUCUGGAGCGCAUUCGCCCUCGAGAAGAAAGGUCUCGAAUGCGAAUAGUAGGAGUCAUAGUCCGCUGCCCUGGGUGUCGCCUCCCAAUGCCGUUGUGGAAGGACAGCAGACCGGGGGAGGAGCUGCCAAGAGCGAAAAAGGCCCCUCUACAUGGUCGCUUCGAAUGCAGUUGCGAACGCCUUCCACCUCUCCCGUCGUCGACGUCACUCUGGAUAAGCAAAGGAGAGUUAUAGCACUUCAACAGGACGGCUUACUCUGUGCUUGGUCCCUCGAAGAUGGCUCACUGGACCGCAGUCUCGACCUGGGCCUCACGACGAGCUAUCCCCCCGUACCUCCACCCACUCCUGCACAUCUUGCAACUCCAGCGCCGAGUGGACCUUUGGCGACGCUGGCUGCCCUGCGCGCCUCGGCUAGCUCUCCUGCCCCGAGAUCAAGGCGGAAUUCUAACGCAGGGGAGCAGCCUCCGGCGCCCAUUAAAAGGGCCAGAAUCGAGUGUCGCUUCGCCAAGUUGGUCAGGAUUAGGACUGAGACAGGUGGUGACGCUGGCUGGGUCGCUCUCGACGAUUGUCGGCCAAAUUCAUGGUUCCGUCUCGACGAGGAAGCUUCGAAGGUUGUGGGCGUCCACCAAGUCCAAGGCGGCAGAGUCGUCGGGAUUUCACCUUCUCACGUGUACGUGCUCAGCGAGGACGGUGCUCUUGCCGCUCAUCGCCCUUCGAUGGGCACAGAGGCGGAGAAGCUCGGCAAGCUUCAUCAAUCCACCUGCCGAGGGGUGGUGGAAAUCGAGGACAGCGCAGAUGGGGAGAAGCUCUUGGUGGUCUGGUCCGGGGACGAGUUGAGAUUACUCAAGAGGAGUGGCUUAGCCCAAGUGGGAGACAGCAUGAGCUGCCGCAGCACGCAGCAGGUCACCGUGUCUGGCCAGACGGUGUGCGUGCAGUCAACACGAUCAGCAUUGCUGUUACAAAUCAAGCCCUCGAGGGGUCUACAGCGCAGCGGUGCUUUGGGGCGCACCGCCAUUCUCGCCUCCGGCUUACCCUUUGUUCUAGAGCAGGACGAGAGAGAUUGCGUGUCCCUGACCGAUGAAAAAGGACGGCAAGUGUGGAAAGGCAAUGCGCCCGAGAGUCCGAGGCUGGGUUGCCUUUUGCCGCUCAGCAUGGAGAGGAUUGUAGUCGCGCUCCCAUCUGGCCAUCUCGGCCUCGCUUCCCUCGCUGAAUUGGCCAUGGGCAAAGUGCCUGCUGCCAAAGACGAUGGGGACGGGGUGCCGGGCACCGUGUGCCUGCUAGAGACGGUCGUCAAUACGCGAACACAGACGAAGCACAUCGUAGCGGCCACAAGAGAAGGCGACAUUGCGUUCUACGACGUCAACUCUCUUCAGCUGCAGGUCGUACACUCACUUUUGACGAGCCCCGUUGUUCGCCUCUUCGUCCUCGAUGCGGAAGGACCCAGGCUGAAGGGCUGCAUGGCUGCCGUGGGGGCUGAUGGCACCGUUGCCGUGUUCCUCCUCGACGGGCUCAAGCACCUCUACGUCAUUCCUGGAUGCGCAUCACCUCUUGAAAGGAUGGCAGUGCGGGGCAACGAAAUCCUGCUCCUGUAUAGAGAUGGACGGGCGAGGAUAUGGGAUAUGGUCAGCCUUGAGCUGCGCAGGUCCAUCGACCUGCAACAGGCCUUGAGCCUCGUCGAAGAAAUUGACCCAUCAAGCGGCUCCUCGGCGUGGAUGCAGCAUCUAGUCAGCCCGAUGGACCGCGAAGAGCCGACAACUCAAGGCGUUCUGUCCCGUUCUCUGGACGAGUCGAGUGUUCUGGCGGAUAUAAGACGGGCGAUCGAAGCGGCGACGCACCGGCUCGAGACAACAAAGAUUGUCCAGAUUCUCCGCCCCCUCGUCCGCUCACUUUCGUCCUUUUCGAACAAAUGCUGGUCAGAACUUCUCACGCAGGCGGAUGGACCGGCACAAGAAGGCCUGUAUGUCGAGUGGGGCACCUAUUCGCCCCCUCGAGACUUCUUCGCCCGGACCAAAGAAAGCACCACGAGGGUUCUUGCUCUUCUGUCGAUAUUGUUUGUGCUGCGCAACAAUGUUGCGCGACUGAAAGGCGUAGUGGAAGCAUGCAUUCAGGACCUCACCGCGCCCAAGUUGACGGCGGGACCCGAUCGACUCUGUCUGGCUACGCUGGCGGCCUACACGAUGGACCCCCUCGACGAGGUGCAAGAGGCCGCCAGGCAGCUCUUUCUUGGUCCUCACGGCCUGCAGCCGAUGGAGCAGCCGGCAGUCGAUGCCCUGUGCGAGAUGUAUGCGCCGAGACUACCCGUCAAGCACGCAAAGCUGUACUCACAAGCGGAGAGCAUCACUAGCCUCUCGCUGCUUGGCCUCAUCGCGACACAGCGAUACAAUGCUCUGUCUCCCUCUGUUCUAAAGGAUAUCUCGACUUCAAUAUCGCUUUUCGUCUCUUCCUCUACGACAGGCAUCGAAGAGGAAGCAGUACCUCAGGCAAGGUCACCCUUUGAUAGCAGGGGACAAGCCGUUGCGAUCGAUCUCUGCUGCCAAGGUUUCAGCAUCUGGCAACACUACUUUGACGCCAUGGAAGUCGUGCGGACGCUUUUUGCACUUUCUACAACUCCCUCUUCCUCUUCUCCCAAUGGAACCAGUGCAUUUGAAGGAGCGGACGAUGCAAAUCGGGCCCUGGCCAGGCGUGCCACCCUGCAGAUCGCCCAAGAUAACACGCCGCUGUUCAUGACGACGCUUAGUCUCGAUAUCCUGCAUGCGAGAAGCGCGAGUCACUGUGGCGCCACAAUGCGAUUGGUCGCGUUCAUGGUCCGCAAGAAGCCGUCCGUUCUCUACCCAAAUUUGCCAAGACUGGCUGAAGCCGUCGUCAAGUCGCUCGAUCCGACAAACAGUGCGCGGCGAGAGAGCGUGUCCGGGAGCGCAACACUGAUGAUAUCCGAGCUCGUGCGAGCGUACCCGUCGAUCAGCUUCUGCGGCAAGCUCCAGCGUCUCGCAGUUGGCACCCAUGAGGGUGCUGUCAUUCUGUACGACCUCAAGACGGCCACGAGGCUCUACGUCAUCGAGGCCCAGUCGUCGCUCGGCGCAAGUCAACGACUGACGGCCGUCGAUUUCAGCCCUGAUGGACGAAGGCUCGUCACUGUCUCGUCCGCCAACACUGCAGUUGUCGGCACUCAGGGCGGCAAAGGGUCUGUGAGCGUCUGGAAGGUGGGUGGAGGAUUCUCGACCUUUUUCCAGCCGGGCACAUUGCCAAAGCAGGGAGGCGCGGAGGGCGAGGCGUACAAGAGCGUAGAAUUCCACGCCGUCUCGAAGCGACGCCCAAUAAAGCGGCAAGAGGUCAGAAAGGAAAACAGUGAGAAGGAGGAAGGCGAAGAAGAAGAGGAAGAAGAGGAGUGGCAAGGUGUGAAGGUUGAAUGGCCAAGCGAGCGCAAUGUGCGCAUCUCGGUCGGAGAGUCCCAGAUCAGCCUCGACGUUGCGUGAAGCACAGCGAAGCAAUCGACAAUUGCAAUAUUAUCAAUAGGCACAUGAAAAUUAAGAGA